UCUUCGUUGCAGAAACUAGGGUUUGACAGAGUGCCAUUAGGAACGCGAUCUUAAGGCGAGUAAGAUAGGGUGCAUUUGAAGCUGAUCUACAGCAGAAAGAACCUAUAUCACUUAAUGCUUGAAGUUCAACUCCGCGAUGAAAGCCCACAAGAACAUCCGGGGUCGCUUCUAGGUCCCGCAGUGGUGCAGAUAGCUGUGCGAAGAGCAAGUCAACAGUUCCUGAACUGUAGAUCGCUGAGAACCAGUGGUGUGCACGCAUGCUUCCAAGCAGUAUAGGCAAUUUCGAGUCGACUUUUCGUGAAUGGGAUGAGAUGUGGUCCAAUCGGUGCUCCAGAGCUCUUGCCAUGUCGACUACAACAUGUGUCGAACCUUCCCUCGACGGUGGGAAGAGCCUCAGCUCACCUCUUCGACUUCAACCUCACGUCUGCAGACACCUGCCCGCACCUCUCUAGGUACAGCCGUGCCGGCAUCUCACCAGAGCCGCUUCUUCGACAGCAGCAAAGAUGUCGGGCACCGAUCCGUCCUACCCCCACGAGGAUUUCCACUUCCAGCAUGCUGAUGACGACCAGCAUCUCCUCCCCGAGAACCUAGCACCUCAGCUCGAAGCCUCACAGAUAGAGGAGAGUGACAACGGCACGCUCGGACGCAUUGACCCCAUGUCGGUCACGAAUGAGCACUCUAUACACUCUCUGCAAAUCGAUCCGGCAGAUACUCGAGAGCCGACACCAGCCCCAGUUCCCGAUAUUCCCAUCGUCGUCAAGAAGCUGCGAAAAAAGAGGAAGAAGGUCAAGGUGCUGCCGGUGCCGGAGGCCCAAGCAUAUGAGGCCGAUGAUGGGCAAGCUGGUCCACAGAGUUUGCAGCAGGUCAACUUGGAUGUGCCCCAAACUCAGCUCGAAGAAGAGCGGCCGGCUACUUCAGUAGCAACCUAUCAGCCUGAACACAGCUUGCACGAUGCUCAGCCCGGGUUUGAGACUAGCCUGGUAGGCGCUCAUGGAGCUACACCUCAAGCGUAUUCAGCUUUUCAACCUGGAAUGCAUUUUCGGGCGAUGUCUCAGCCAAUGCAGGAGCAAGUACAAUAUGCCCAAUUACCAUGGGACCACCAUACCCAAUCUGUCUACAACCCUCCUUGCACGGCCACAUAUGAGCCUGAGUACCAGCUGGAACCUGAUAAGCAGAUAAACUCAGAUGACUGGCCUGGAGAAAUCACCCAAGCCAUCGACAGAGCUCGACGUAAAGAGAAACAGACUUUGGCUCAAUACAACGCAGAUCGGGAGUCUUUGCAUACACGGCUUCAGGAACAAUGCCGUGCUAAUCAAGAACUUGAGGACCAGGUACAAUCUCUGCGAAAUGAGAAGCACGGUCUUGCGGAGCUGGUGGAGCAGCACAAAGCGAAGAUUAAUGGUCUGAACCACAAGGCGAGCAAGUUUAAAAUCUACUUGACUGGAUUAGGCACCGAUAUCGACGGACUGAAGGAAGAAACCAAUGCUCGCCGUGAGAGCAGUGAGCAGAUUGUCGCGGAGCUGGAAGAGCAGAAGUCGGCGCAACAUGCACUCGUGGAGCAGUCUACAAAGCUAAAGUCCGAUCUGCUCUCUGUAGCCCGGGAAGCCAACAGUGCUCUUCAGAUGAGGACGCUUCGUGUGUGCCAGCUGGAGCAGGAAUUGAACGAGAAGUCCUGCAUGCUUGCCGAGGAGAAGAGUGCUCGCCUGUCGAUCCAGAAUCAGCUACUCACUGCAACAGACUUGAGCGGAGUUGUGUCGCGCGAGCUCAAGUCAUGUACUGAUGCUGUCCUGGACAAACUCUACGAGAUCCAUGCUGAUGUCGAGCAAGGAGGCAGCAAUACGUUGACAGAGCCAUUGGACAGGAUGGUUGCCGCUACACAAGGGUUGAACAUACAACAAGCUGCCACUGUCGAGAACGUUUCUUCUCUCAAGGAGACCAUAGACUCAUUCUCAGAGAGCCUCUCUUCUCACUUGAGUAAUAACCGCUUACCGACAGAAUCUCCUACGUCCCUCAAGUUGCAUAUCGAUGAUGCAUUGAAGAGCCUGAAGACAGAUCUUUGUCAGCAGGAGAAAUUGAUCGCACAAACCUCAGCUGAUCAAGAGGUCAUUGCCCAUCUUCAGCAGCAGCUCCAGGCGAGCAAUACUAUUGUAUCUGAACGCGCAGCUGAUCUGAGCAAGUCUCAGGCGACCUUGAGAAGUCUCCAUGAGCAAGCUCAAGUCAGCACAGCAGGGCCAACGCCGAUCUGCACACACCAGGACGAUAUUCAGCAACUUUCCAGUGUCAAAGCAGAGCUACAAGCCAAGACAGACUCCUUAGAAGAGAUACACGCUGCUUCUGUUGCGCACGCGAAAGAGGCAAAGAGCUUAGCUGACGAAAACGCUCGUUUACGUAUCGAGCUCGAGGCUCUUCGAGAGGCCCUCCAUACGGCGCAGACGCAGGUAGCUCUCAGCGAGGAAGAGGUCGUGGUCAAAGUCACAAAAGCAGUGGACGCUGCCUCCAGAUCUGCGAAAAACUUCGUGAAGGAGAAGAAGGCUGAGAGCGAUAAUGCCAUCAAGCAAGCAAAUCUUGCUCGUGACCGCUUGGCUGAGCAGGUCACAAGCUUGCAGGCUCGCCUGCAUGAACUGAAUAGUAUUACGGAGGUGCACAAUGACAUCCAGGAGAAGUAAGUGCGGUCGAGCAACAUUCUCUGUUGCUGCUAGAGCAUCGCACUCGGACACAUAUUCCAAGAAGUCUGACAUUUAAGGGUUACUCUAGGCACGCAUCGUUGAAUGCUCGGUUCUCAGCCCGGGAGCAGCAGCUGUACGAUGGCGCUCAAGAGAAAACUCAGCUCGUGCAGGAUCUCAAGUCUGUGAAGGCUCAGUUGAACGCAUGCGAAAAAGAGGUCGUAGCAGCCAAGCAGAGCCUGGAUCAGUGCAAGACCGACGCAGCAAACGAAGUGCAGAAGGAGCAAGAAAGGUGUCAGAAGCGCGUUGAUGCUCUUCAGGCUCAUCUGGCCCAGACGAAAGCUGAGAUGCAGGCUCAGGUGAAGGAUUCAUGUGAAUCUCAGCAGACGUUGCAGCAAAGCUACCAACAGCGUGAGAAUUCGCAAAGAGAGCUGGCCACUCGCCUGACAAACGAAGCAGCCGAAGCUUACGCAGAAUGCGAACGACUGAGAGAAGAGCUGGCAAACGCACAGCCUCGGCGACUCGAUGAUCUGGAGACCACUAGUCACGGAUCUGCUCUGGGACCCAUAGUCGAGGAGAGUCGGCAGAUCAGCUAUCUCGGAGCCAUAGUCGAGGAGAGUCAACAGGCCAACUGUACACACUCUCGCCACUUUGGUAGAUCCUCGCCGCGUAGCGAGAGGCCCGACUAUACGAGGCAGAAAAAUCCACCGACAUUAGACACUGUGCAAUCUCCUGGGUCCAAUUACAACCUAUCAUCCUUCUCGCAGCAGUGCAACACGAGUCAAAGUUUCUCCAUCCAUGAGGAUGCUCCAGAUACUGGUCACGCAAACGCUGAGGCUGAACGUCGUCUGGCGCCUCAACAAGCUUUACAGGAGACGUACACAUUCAAGAGAGUGCCACCAUCGAACUCUUCCAUGAAGCUUGUGCGUAGUGGAUCGCAGCGUUCGCAAGAGGGGGGAUAUCGUGCAAAUACUCUGGCUCCGCAGUCGACACGCUACAUGACACCAGAGCCACGCGCCAACAAGUCCAGUGUGUCGGGCAUCAGUCAGCCUGUCAGUGCGGCAGGACAGAAUAGUUCUCCAAUGAUCAUCUCGAAUAACUCAGCUGGACCAGGUAUGGCUUUCAGCGCUCCGCAUAGCCGCGGACCUUUAAAUGAGGUCGUGGCGAGAGCCUCGCCGCCCAAGCGCAAGGCCGGAAGCCAGAUCGUUGAGGGCUACAAUUCUCGGAGAAAGAACCAAGUCUUGGAGGCGCCUGCUGAACCCCGUCGUGUACUUCGCUCAUUGUCGAACUCGCAGCGAACGAGUCGAUUGCUCAGAGACGGGGACGUUCAGUCUCACAUGCCUGACGCUGGCGCCUCUCAGACGCGUACAUUGGGAAAUACGAAUGCUCGGCCAGCGCGAGGAACCAACAAGAUGACCAAGAGUAGGCUCUGUUGACUGCGAUAUGAGAGGCACGGCUAAUGUGAGGCAGGUAAGCAAAUGAUCGAGCGCUUCAAUCGCGAGCUCCAGAAGUGAGAGUUCGACUGGUUUCUACCCUUGUGGGUCAGUUCUGAGUGGCACGAUGCACUGGCCGGAGGCCCAUCGAUACUUGUAUGCAUCUAGAUGGACACUUUAGACACCUUCGCUGAGAGCACGACCCCAGCGCUCAUAUAUAUGUUAUCCCGUAUCAGCUGUUGCUGCACUCAUACGCACUCCUCACCCUCGGCCUUGAGAACCCUGAGCUUUGUCUUCUGCCUUCUUUGCAUGCACUGGCGGCACACAGCCUUGAUGCUCGACUUCCCUCCAUCUCCCUCCCAGCCCAGUCAGCCUCACUGAUAUGCCCUUUCAUCUCCAGCGUGGGAGGGGUGCGCCGGUCACAAUAGCCUGUUCAGAAGGUCCGGGAGCAUUUGCUUUGAUGUGGUAUUCAUUUCGUUUCGUCUCAAUCGUGACCUCUAUUUCCCUCCACGUUUCGCCUCGAGGAACAGGACUUUUUUCUUCACAACAGGGUCGUAUUUCAGCAUAGACAGUGGGCGAUGGGUUCUCGGGCGGGUGAAGGUCUUGUAGUAGCCCGUCAUGGCCAUGGAGAUGAGGCGCACAGCAACAUUGCGCGACUUGGCUUUCUUCGCCAUGGUGGUGAAAU